CAGCAACCAGAAUAAACAAAAACAGAAAUCUGCAACUCACAAUUUGAGAGACAGGGAUAGAUAGACAUCCUUACGUGUGUGUGCACAAUAUACAGCCAUACAGGGGGCGGCAAAACAUUCUCUCCCUGCCUCAGCACCAAAUCUUGUAUUCUUGUUCUUGUUUAUUUGGUGUCCCUUCAACAGCAGCAAACUUCCUUGGCGAAGACCAUGAGACAGGAGAUCAUCAUCCGGAUGCAGCCGGGCUCCUCCGACAAGUGCCACAAGAGAGCCUUGACGGUGGCAGCCGCUGCCAGCGGAGUGGAGUCGAUCGCGGUGGCCGGCAGGGACAAGGACCUUCUGGUGGUGACCGGCGACGGGGUGGACGCCACCAAGCUGACCAAGAAGCUGAAGGAGGAGGUCGGGGAGGCCGAGAUCGUGGAGCUGCGGACGCUAGGCGGCAACAACGGCGCCCCCUCGUCCAAGGACUACAACAUCGCAGCCGCGCAGUACUACUCCCGGUCGCCGUACCCCGGCGUGCUGCCGUCGUCCAGCCCGUCGUCCUACGACUACGGCUACGCGUCGGCCGUGGCAGCUGGGUAUGACUACGGGAGCAGCAGCUACGCGCGCGCGGUGGCGUGCAGCCACCCGGCGAACUACUCCCCGAUGAUCGAGCGGCACGACUACGGCGCUGCGGGCCGGUGGAGCGGAGCGGGGAAGUGUCGCCGCGGAGAGCCCAGCUGCUGCCCGAUAUUGUAACGCUCGUUUAUUUUUAGGACGGAACUAGGGAGUGCUCGUGCAUUUUUAAGGUGACCAGGGUGCACGCCCAAACAUGAAAUAUAGUAAGUCAUAUCACCCUUAUAUAUCUAAAAAAAGUAAGCACGGGUCCCCCUCCAGUUCCA